AACACACACACGCAUAUCAAAUCGCAUCUACAGAGUCAUUGUAGUUAGACUCUCCACACCCACCAACUAUACAAAACCCUACUUUCCUGGAAACUACCCUUCCCUUCACCCUAACAACUUCCUUCUCAACACCCACAGACCAUUUAAAUUAAAUUAAUCAUAUUCUACAUUGCAUGCAUCUUUUCUUUAACUAAAUCACUGCCUCCUAUCUCCAUAUAUAAACCCAAUUAACACUCCACUCCCUUAUUACUAUAUAAUACAACAUUCACUAAUACUAACUUAUAAACACUCACUUAAUUAAUUCAUUAUCAUAUGGAAGCAAUCAAUAGAAGUUCCUCAACAACAACAUCUUCGUCAGAUUCAUGCUCUUCAGAAUCAAAUCAAAUUAACCACCAAAACAAACUAGACAGAAUCAAAGGUCCAUGGAGUGCAGAAGAAGACAGAAUACUAACCAGACUCGUUGAACAACACGGACCACGAAACUGGUCACUCAUCAGUCGUUACAUUAAAGGGAGGUCCGGCAAAUCGUGUAGACUCCGGUGGUGUAAUCAACUCAGCCCCACCGUGGAACACCGUCCUUUUUCGCCGCAAGAGGAUGAAACAAUUAUAGCAGCGCACGCUCAAUACGGUAACCGUUGGGCUACCAUUGCUCGUCUUUUACCGGGGAGAACCGAUAAUGCUGUGAAGAAUCAUUGGAAUUCGACGCUUAAGCGUAAGGCGAGUGGUCUUGGUGGUGAUUGUUCUGUUGUGGUUGCCGGAAAUGUAACUGCUAGUAAUGAGGGGGGAAGUUUUUCUUCCGGUCGUGGUGUUCGAUCUUGUUUGCCUGUGGAGGAUGAUCCGUUGACUGCGUUGACUCUGGCUCCUCCGGGGAAUGGUGUGGAUUAUCAGGAGGAGGUUGUUGCUGAUCACCGACAGUCGCCGGAAAAUGUUCCGUCGGGGUUUUGGGAUGUGAUGAGAGGUGUGAUUGCAAGGGAAGUUAGGGAAUAUGUGUCUUCUAAUUUUUCUCAUAACUCUGGUUUUCAUUGAAUUGAAAUUUAAUCAUGAAAAUUAUCGUCUUUUUUUUUGUUUAUUAUUUUAUGGUAGUUAACUACUACUCUUGCAAUUGGAUUUUAUCCUGCUUAAUUCGGAUUUGAACCGGAUGUUAUAUGUUAAUAACAUUCUUGAUUCUUCUAUUUCUGGAUGUUA